UCUUCCUCCCUCUCCUCGCAACAGCAGCAAGCAAGCGGUUUCAGUAGCUUGCUCCUUCUUCUUCACAGCUUUGAUCGGAACUCGCCAACACACCCACAAUGGCGGCUUCAGUAGCUUGCUCCUUCUUCGACGACGACGAGCCGCUCGGCCAGCCCGGCAUGCCGUCUCUGGACGCGUGCGCGCUCUGCGCCAAGCCGCUGGAGCGCGACAGCGACAUCUUCAUGUACAGAGGGGACACGCCCUUCUGCAGCGAGGAGUGCCGCGACGAGCAGAUGCAGCUCGACGCCAUCUGCUCCAGGAAGGCCGCCCGGAGGCAGCAGCACCUCUCGUCGGGAUCGGAGGCCCGGCGCUGGCAUCAAGAGUCCGGGAAGGUGGCGGUCGCGAGCUAGCCAGAAAGCUCGUGCCUCGUGGCCCAGUAGAGCAGAGAACCCGGCUUGAAUCAACGGGAUGAGACGAAAGAGAUUGAUGUCUCUAGUUUGUCACGCCUGAGCCGGAGAAGCAGUGAAGAAUCUGAGAAAGAUCAUGCGCUGAGGCUCCGGCCAUCUUGGUCGCCCACUCGAUUCAUCCUUCUCCUGGCUCCUUGUGAGCCCUGGUUGAUGCAACACCAUAUACAAAUUGGAAAUCCCCAUUUCA